AUGGCUUGCCAGCGUUCGAAGAGGCAGCCUCGCUUGGCCACAUCACUCUUGGGAAGGCUGCAAGGAGACCAACUACCAGGAGGCGCUCUGAACUGUUUGGAAGACAUGCAAGUGCAACAGGUCGAAGCUAAUGUUUUUCACUUUACAGCUAUCAUCUCUGCCUGUGGCAAAAACUCCAAAUGGGAAGCUGCCCUGUUCUUCAUGAAGGAUAUGGCAGAGUCUCAGGUGCUGGCCAACGAGGUGACUUACAGUACAGCAAAGAAGGCCUGUGCUGAAGCCCACCCAACAGCAAAGUGGAGAGAGGCAAUUCAUUUACUCAACGAAAUGCCUCAGCUUCAGAUCAAGCCGGAUGUCUUCAGCAGCUGCUCAGCCAUCAGUGGAACUGCCACACAGGGCUUGUGGCAACAUGCGACGCUGGUACUCUUUGAGAUGGACAACUCCAGAAUCCAGUCGAAUGAGCUGACCAAUUCCGCAAUCAUCAGUGCUUGCGAGAAGGGUAGACAAUGGACAUAUGCAAUCUCCAGCUUGCUGCAACUGCUACAUUCUUUCACAGGAGACGUGAUCACCUUCAGCACAACCCUCAGUGCACUGAAGACGGUGUGGGAAUCUGCAUUCAACUUACUGGGCAUGAUGCUCGCGCGCCAGGUAGUACCAAAUACAUUCACCAUGAAUUCAGUAAUGGCAACGCGGAGUUGUGGGGGCCAAUGGCAACGACCGCUUAUGAUUUUGCAUGCGCCGGAGCUCCAGCCGCUGAUCGAUGAAAUUAGCUACAACUCGGUGAUGACUGCAUGUGAGGAGGCACAGCAUUGGAGCCUUGCACUGGACCUCCUGGGAUCGAUGAUGCAGCGUUUCCUGCAGCCCGACGAGGUGACUUAUAGCUCCAUGGUCUCCGGCUAUGAGCGCAGCCAGUGUUGGCGUGAAGCGCUGCACGCCCUGCGCUUGCCCCGCGACCGCAUGGGCAUCACUUGGACCUCGGCGGUGACCGCAUGUGAGGCCUCGAGCCACUGGCAAGCGGUCUUGCAGCUCCUGAGCCAUGUGCUGAGCGACAGACUGCGCCUAGACACGUUGUUGGUCGCUGCAGCGCUUCGCUGCUUCGCCAGGGCCAGGCAAUGGCAGAAGGCACAGCACUUCGCUGAGCUGUGGCAGAAGGCAGGAGGCGAAGAGGAUGUGGUUUGCAGCCCAGCUGAGAUCCGACCGGACCGAACCACGCGUUUGCAGCGAGGGACAAAGGUGGGACUCGUGCGACUCAAGGUGCGGAAGCCCUUGCCCAACCUAAGGUAUGGCAGCAACACUUGCUGCGUGUCAUGGAGCGGGGCAAUUCAUCGAAUCUUUGGAGCUGAUGGGGAAGAUCAGCCCAGCUGCAGUUCGGAACUGCUGCUCUUCGCCGGACAAAAGGGAUGCGGUGGUGUGGCGCAGCAAGCCUUGCAAGAUCGAGAUGUCGAGCUGCGCCAGUUGCAAGAGCAACAGGCGCGCUCUGAAGAACAGUGGAAGGCUCAGAUUGUGAAGCUGGUGGAGGAGAUGCGAAGGGCGGAGCAGAAGUCCUCGACCUUGGCCAAGGAGCUGGCAGCUUCCAAAGGGGAGCUGCAACGCCUGAAGGCCGGUGGUCAGGAUGUGGUUCGGCGCUACGAGGAGGAAAGCGGCCGCCGAUUGGAACUGGAAGAGCGUUGCUUGCAACUGGAAGAAAAGUUAAAAACUCGCGAGCAAAGAACUCGCAAUGAUGCUGACUGCGCACACAAGCUGAAGCAGUGCCAGCAGGCAAAAGAGGUGGCCGAACAGCAAGCCAAAGAGAAUGAAGAGCGAAGCCAGAAAGCUGCUGAACGGCUGGAAGAGGUGGAGUCAAGGCAGAAAGACCUGGAGGCAGAGGUGCAGAGGCUCAAGCUGCAAUGUUCAGAAAAGAGCCGGCGCAUUGAGGAAUUGGAGGCUGCAUCGGUGCAAGAGAUGGAGCCGCUCGGGCCAAGCGGGCCGCCACGGCCGCCGAUUCCCAGAAGUCGUCCUGGGACCGCCAGCAGCGCUGGCAGUGCCAGCGUAGGCACAAGCAGAGUUGGUGCUGGAGACUCCAGGAAGCUCAGAACGCAGCCGCCCGCCUUUCAGAGUCAUGGUGAGCGCCUGCCUCCAGGUGCGAUUCGCCGGGGUGGAAGCGUACCUGUUCGACGAUCCCAAGGGCCUCCUCCGCGCGCCAACCUUCAAUCCCGGAGCAUCAGUCCGAAUGCCUCAGCAUCGCAGAGGACACCACCCAGUGCCCGGACCAAAUCACCUCAAACCGAGAGGCCUGUCAGCCAAAGCAGCCAUGGCAGCUGUGGAGAGGAUGGCUUUGAUGGCAUCCCCACGGACUCGGAGGACUCCUCCGAGGAGGAGGUCUUGACUGGCGUGAACACAGCAGCUUGA